CUGGCGGUGGCGGUGAAGGUCAUGCUGCUGCCUGUGGGUCCUAUGCUGAACGAGCAGCUGCAGCAGGAGGUGUCGUUGGUGCACCGCUGCCACCACCCUGGCAUCCUGCAGGUAGGGGGCGGGUGGUGCAGCUCUUUGCAUAUUGCAGUGUGUUGUAUACUGCUGCUCCAAGUUGCCAGCACGUUGCACCACCUACGUGGCCGCAAGAUCGUGCACCUUGACCUGAAAGCGAGCAAUGUGCUGCUGGAUGGAUCACUGGGCACUGCCAAAAUCUGCGAUCUCGGGCAGUCAGGCAUCCUGCAGGCCAGCAUCGUGACAGCUCAUGGCACCCCCAACCGCUACUCCUCCCCCGAGCAGCUGGCAGGGGGCUGGUGCGGCCCAGCGUCCGACAUUUACAGCCUGGGAAUCGUGAUGCUGGAGGUGCUGACGGGC